GACGAGUGCUCCCUGCGGGACGGCCUGUGUCCCCACGGCCAGUGCGUCAACGUCCUGGGCGGCUUCCACUGCUCCUGCGACGCCGGCUUCCAGGCCACGCCCGAGCGCCAGGGCUGCGUGGAUGUGGACGAGUGCAGGGAGAACCCGGACAUCUGUGACCAGGGCCAGUGCACCAACAUUCCGGGAGGUCACCGCUGCCGGUGCUAUGAUGGCUUCGUGGCCACACCAGACAUGAGCACGUGCGUUGACGUGAACGAAUGUGACCUGAACCCCCACGCCUGCCUCCAUGGGAGCUGUGAGAACACCAGAGGCUCCUUCGUGUGCCACUGCCGGCUGGGAUACGUCGUCAGGAAGGGAGCCACGGGCUGCUCCGACGUGGACGAGUGUGAGCUUGGGGGACACACCUGUGACAGCCACGCCUCCUGCUUCAACAUUCCCGGGAGUUUCCGCUGCAGGUGCCAGCCAGGCUGGAUGGGGGACGGCAUCGAAUGUCACGACCUGGACGAGUGCGCCACCCGGGAGCACCGGUGCAGCCCGAGCGCCGCCUGCCUCAACGUCCCCAGCUCCUACCGCUGCGCCUGCCACCAGGGCUUCUCCGGGGAUGGCUUCUCCUGCCGAGACAGAGACGAAUGUGCCGAGGACGCGGGCCUCUGCGACAACGGGCAGUGCCUGAACGCGCCGGGCGGGUACCGCUGCGAGUGCCACGUGGGCUUCCACCCCACCGAGGACCGCCGGGCCUGCAGGGACGUGGACGAGUGUGCUCUCGGGAACCUCUGCGCCUUCGGGAGCUGCGAGAACCUGCCCGGGAUGUUCCGCUGCGUCUGUGACGGGGGCUACGAGCUGGACCGAGGCGGCGGCAACUGCACAGACGUCAACGAGUGCGCGGACCCCGUGAGCUGCAUCCACGGCCUGUGUGUCAACGUGCCCGGCAGCUACGUCUGCAGCUGCCCCCCGGAUUUCCAGCUGAACCCCAGCGGGGUGGGCUGCGUGGACACCCGGCUUGGAAACUGCUUCCUGGACGCGCACCCGCGCGGGGACGGCGGCACGUUCUGCAGCGCCGAGGUCGGAGCUGGCGUCACCCGAGCCUCCUGCUGCUGCUCCCUGGGCCGCGCCUGGGGCAACCCCUGCGAGCCGUGCCCGGUGGGCAACACCACCGAGUACAGAACCCUGUGUCCGGGCGGCGAGGGUUUCCGGCCCAACCCCGUCACUGUCAUUCUGGAAGACAUUGACGAGUGCCAGGAGCUGCCAGGGCUGUGCCAGGGGGGCGACUGCGUCAACACCUUCGGCAGCUUCCAGUGCGAGUGCCCAGCUGGCCACCACCUCCGUGAGGACACCCGCAUCUGCGAGGACAUCGACGAGUGCGCAGAGAUUCCCGCCGUCUGUGCCCGCGGCGUCUGCGUCAACCAGGUCGGGAGCUUCCGCUGCCAGUGCCCCGCGGGCUUUGACUACAACGGCGCCCUGCUGGCCUGCGAAGAUCUGGAUGAGUGCGGCCGCAGGGGCAGCCCCUGCGGGCGGAACGCCGACUGCAUCAACGUCCCCGGCAGCUUCCGCUGCGAGUGCACCCGUGGCUACACGCUGUCGCCAGGCGGGGCCUGCGUGGAACGGAACGAGUGUCAGGAGAUCCCAAAUGUCUGUAGCCACGGCGACUGCGUGGACACGGAGGGCAGCUACAGGUGCCUGUGUCACCGUGGCUUCCGGGCCUCAGCGGACCAGACGCUGUGCACAGAUGUCAACGAAUGCGACCAGAAACCAUGCGGAAACGGGACCUGCAAGAACACGGCCGGCUCCUACCGCUGCCUCUGCUUCCCGGGCUUUGCGGCAGCACACGGCGGGGGCUGCGUGGACAUUGAUGAGUGUACUACCCUGGCGGGGCAAGUGUGCCGAUUUGGCCAGUGUGUCAACACAGCUGGCUUCUUCCACUGCCUCUGCCAGGAUGGCUUCGAGCUCACAGCCGAUGGAAAGAACUGUGCAGACACCAACGAAUGUCUCAGCCUUGCGGGAACCUGCCUGCCAGGCACCUGCCAGAACCUCGAGGGAUCCUUCCGCUGCAUCUGCCCCCCCGGCUUCCAGGUGCAGAGUGACCACUGCGUCGACAUUGACGAGUGCUCAGAGGAGCCUGGCCUCUGCCUGUUUGGCGCCUGUACCAACAGCCCCGGGAGCUUCCGGUGCCUCUGUCCCCCUGGCUUUGUCCUCUCUGACAAUGGGCACCGUUGCUUUGACACACGGCAGAGUUUCUGCUUCACCCGUUUCGAGGCCGGAAAGUGCUCGGUGCCCAAACCUUUCAACACCACCAAGACCCGGUGCUGCUGCAGCAAGCGGCCGGGGGAGGGCUGGGGUGACCCCUGUGAGCUGUGUCCUCAGGAGGGCAGCGCCACCUUUCAGGACCUCUGCCCCUUCGGCCACGGGGCAGUCCCAGGCCCAGAUGACUCUCGAGAAGACGUGGAUGAGUGCGCGGAGAGCCCUGGUGUCUGCACUGACGGCACGUGUGUCAACACCGAUGGCUCCUUUCGCUGCGAGUGUCCCUUCGGCUACAGCCUGGACUUGACAGGCGUCAGCUGUGUGGACACAGACGAGUGCGCCGUGGGCCACCCCUGUGGGCAAGGCUCAUGCACCAAUGUCAUCGGAGGCUUUGAAUGCGCCUGCGCGGACGGCUUCGAACCCGGCCCCAUGAUGCCCUGCGAGGACAUCGACGAGUGCGCCCUGAACCCGCUGCUCUGUGCCUUCCGCUGCCACAACACCGAGGGCUCCUACCUGUGCUCCUGCCCGGCCGGCUACGCACUGCGGGAAGACGGGGCCACCUGCCGGGACGUGGACGAGUGCGCAGACGGCCAGCAGGACUGCCGAGCCCGUGGCAUGCUUUGCAAGAACCUGGUGGGCACCUUCGUGUGCAUCUGCCCCCCGGGCACGCGGCCCCAGCCCGGCGCCGGGGAAGGCUGCACAGACGAGGACGAAUGCGGCGCCCGGCCGGGCCUCUGCACCCACGGCCGCUGCGUCAACACCGUGGGCAGCUUCAGGUGCGACUGUGACGACGGCUUCCGGCCCAGUCCCACCCUCACCGAGUGCAGCGACGUCCGGCGGGGGCCCUGCUUCUCCCAGGCGCUGCAGGCCGCAUGCCAGGCCCCGUCCAGCCGGGGCGAGCCCGUCACCAGGGCCGAGUGCUGCUGCGGGGGCGGCCGGGGCUGGGGGCCCCACUGCGAGCUCUGUCCCCUCCCCGGCACCUCUGCCCACAGGAAGCUGUGUCCCCACGGCUCAGGCUACACGGCCGAGGGCCGAGACGUAGACGAGUGUCGUGUGAUCGCUCACCUGUGCCCCCACGGCGAGUGUAUCAACAGCCUCGGCUCCUUCCGCUGUCACUGCCAGGCCGGGUAUGCGCCAGACACUGCUGCCACGGCCUGCCUGGAUGUAGACGAGUGUAGCCAGGCCCCCAAGCCGUGUACCUUCCUCUGCAAAAACACCGAGGGCAGCUUCCUGUGCACCUGUCCCCGUGGCUACCUAUUGGAGGAAGAUGGCAGGACCUGCAGAGACGUGGAUGAAUGCACCUCCAGACAGCACAACUGCCAGUUCCUCUGCGUCAACACCGUCGGCGCCUUCACCUGCCGCUGUCCCCCCGGCUUCACCCAGCGCCACCAGGCCUGCUUUGACGAUGACGAGUGCUCAGCCCAGCCUGGCCCAUGUGGCACCCGUGGUCUCUGCCACAACACCCCGGGCAGCUUCCGCUGCGAGUGCCACCAGGGGUUCGCGCUGGACAGCGCCGGCCGUGGCUGUGAAGAUGUGGAUGAAUGUGACGGGCCCCAUCGCUGCGGGCACGGCUGCCAGAACGAGCCGGGGGGCUACCGCUGCGGCUGCCCCCAGGGCUUCACCCAGCACUCCCAGUGGGCCCAGUGUGUGGAUGAGAACGAGUGCGCACUGUCGCCCACCGCCUGCGGCAGCGCCUCCUGCCGCAACACGCUCGGUGGCUUCCGCUGCGUCUGCCCCUCCGGCUUCAGCUUCGACCAGGCCCUGGGGGGCUGCCAGGACGUGGACGAGUGCGCCGGACGUGCCAGCCCCUGCAGCUACGGCUGUGCCAACACGCCCGGCGGCUUCCUGUGUGGCUGUCCCCGAGGCUACUUCCGGGCUGGGCAAGGGCACUGCGUCUCCGGCCUGGGCCUCCAUCCCCAGGAAGGCCCGGACAGGGAGGAGCCGCUCUCACCCGAAGCCUGCUACGAAUGCAAGAUGAACGGCCUCUCCCCGCGUGGCCGGUCCCGGCGUGGCGCCCACGGGGACCACCAGGUGAGCUUGGCCGCUCUUGACUCGGAGGCCCUGCUGACCUUGGGCCUGAACCUCUCACGCCUGGGCCAGGCCGAACACAUCCUGGAGCUGUUACCAGCGCUGGAGGGGGGCCGGGUCCGCUACGUCAUCACACGUGGCAACAGGCAAGGUUUCUUCCGCAUGAAUCACCUCCGCGGCCUCAGCGCCCUGCAGCUGGGGCGUAGGAGGCCGGGCCCUGGAACCUACCAGCUGGGGGUGGUGAGUGUGGCAGGGCCCUGGGGUGCCCAGCAGGAGGGGCAGCCAGGACCAGGGGGCCAGGCCUUGCGGCUGAAGGUGCAGCUGCAACUGCUCUAGUUGGGGAGUGCCUCAGUGGGCCCCAGAGCUCCCGUGCCACCCAGAGGAGGAAGAUUCUAGAACUGGGAAGAAUUGCUGUCCAUGAGCAACGGCUGGCCAGGUGAAACCCCGGAACUCAGGAAGAGUGAAACGCUACACCACGACCUCAGGCGCACCCUGCCUCUUCCCGGGCCUCCGUGCCGGCCCCGGGGGACCCCAGCGCCCCGUCUCUGCUGGAGACAGCAAGAACCUGCAGUGGGCACCCUCCACCCCACGGCCAAGGGCGGGGAGAGGCCCUGCCGUCACUGUAUCUGGUCCAUCUCAGGCUCGAACUUCUGUACUGCACUGCGGCUCCCCCCUGGAGGGUCGGCGGGACACGGGGCCGGGCGGCCGGGCUGGGCGUGGGCUCGUCCCUCAGAGCACAAGGGCCUACGGCGCCCGACCCCACACAGAGUGGUUGGCGGUGGCCUCGGUGGUGGCGUUUGCCCUGCCGGGGGCCCGGGCUAGCGUUCCGAGGAUGCUUUUAUAUCAGAAGUGGAGACAACAAUAAAGUUA